CCUCCAACUUCUUCCGCUCCCACUUCUUCCUACAGCUUUCGCAGUAGAAACAAGAGCAAGCUUGUCUACGAUGCAAAGUAUCAUCCUAUGGACGACGCCAUUCGGCCAACACAAGCGGCGAGGCGUCGCUCAGCUCAUGGAGAGAAUCAAUUCUGUCUCGAUGCAGAUGACGAAAGUGAGGAUUAUGCUGCUGUCUAUACUAAUGCAGAGGAGUUGGAUGAUGAAGAAAGUGAAGCUGAGGAAGAACCAAGGCAAGGCGCAAAGAACAAGAAGCGCAAGCUCACUCAGUCCCGAUUGAUGUCAGUUGAACCGACUCGUCGCUCUCCUCGCAAAGUGUCGGAUCAGAGAGUUUCGUACAACAUGAAUGUGCAUCCUCAGGAUGAGUUUCUGGAGGUGAGCAGUGAGGAGGAAGAGGUUGUGGUCAAGAAGAAGUCAAAGAGAUCUAAGCGUCUACAUGUUGAUGAUAUGUACUCUGAUGAUGGAGUUGUGGUGUCCAAAUCAGCACAACGAAGAUACUCUGAUUAUGUCGACAAUACCACUUCUGAUGAAAUGGAGUUUGAUGGCGGAGAUGCUGUUGCAAGGACAGAGGUGGACUCUGAUGAUGGACUUAUCACGAUUGCUGGAAACUCAAUUACAUCUCCAGUAGUAGCCGACCCGCAAAAUGGUAUCAAGCGGAAAGACAGUAUUGACUCACUGCACUUGUCCCCCGGGAGAAGAUGCUUCCGUCACGACAAAGAUGCCUGGCCUGUUUCAUCAGGUCAACCUUUCACUAUCUUCAACGAGAAGCUCGCAUACCAGCUGGCACGCGAGGCACAUACUGCUUCGCCACUCAACUAUGAACAUGACGACAAGGAGAAUGUGACCGACAACGACAACAUAGAUGUGAACCCACUUUCUUCAUCAACUGCAGGUGUCUCCAUUAUUCCCGAAGCACAGUAUAUGCCGACGAGUGAAGAUUGUGAGUUGUCAAACCACCGCGCUCUGAUCAAUUACGCUCUCUAUGAUGAUCCUCAUCCCCAGACGUACGGUCUUGAUGGGACUCACUGCAGCGGUACAGGGGAGGGGGAUGUAUUUUCUGAAAGCAUGAAUAUACUUGCAUCUGGUAGAGGUUUGCCUCUUGGAAAGAGCGCAGAGUGA